AAUUGAGACGAAUUUUGAGAGUUUCUUAUAAGUUAAACAUUUUCAGCACGGUGAUUUAAAAAUGGCGGCUCUUAACCCCGAUCGCACACUCGAUUUUUGCUCCGCAAACGGUCAAAGCAAUGUGGAAAUUCGCUUUGUUGACGAGGAUGACUUCCCUCUUAUAAACAUAAUGGAGCAUCGAGCCUCUGAAGAAGAAUUUUACUCCGAUGAAUCGCAAUCCAGCGAACAGGAGUCCAGUGAAGACUCGGCUGAUGAGAGCACACAGGAGGUAAUGGAGGUCGUGGAAAGAGAGUGGUCCAGAGAAAUUAAACGAAGAAGAGAUAUUGACUUUAAAGAAAACCCUGGAAUAAAUGUAAACACCAGAGAUCUUAAAUCGUGUUUGGAUUUCUUCUCACUUUUCUUUACACCAGAGGUAUGGCAGUUAUUAGUUAGUCAGACCAAUUUGUAUGCAGAACAGAAAAGAGGCCCGAGGGAAAGUUCUGUAUGGUACCCAGUCACUGUGGAUGAAAUGAAAGCUUGGUUAAGUCUUUAUUUAGAUAUGGGCCUAGUCACUAAACCAAGUAUCAGUUCUUAUUUGCAUAAUUAUGCUAAUUAGGUGGCUCGUGACGUCACAAAAGUAUCAUAUCCCAUAAUUUCUCUAACUCAUAUGAAAGCAUA